AAAAACCCUAAACCCUCUGGACAUUUUUUUUUAUCUCCCCCUCCGCUCUUUACCCAUCGACAAGGUUCGAAAUGUCCCAACUUCAGCCCCUUUUUAUGAAUUAUCAGGACCUCAUCUACUCCAUUUUCAAGCUCGCCUGGAGUAGGAAAGCGGCCGAGAAGAGCGAAGAGACGGAGUUAAACGAGACAGAGGUUGGCAGAACUUCGAAGAAGAAUUGGCCAACUACUGGUACAUCUCAUCAUUCCAUGACGUGUAGAGAUCUAAUUCGAAUGCCCAAAAGGUUAGCAGCGAGCUUCUUCGGAUCUUUGUCACAGGCUGUCCAACGAGCUGCAAUUAUCACUGAAGCAGAGGGCAACCAUAAAAUUGAAGCCACCCAUUUAGAGAGAAUACUCCCACAACUGCUAUUAGAUUUCUGACCAUGCUUAAAGAUCUGCAGUAGGAUUGCUGACUUUGGCCCCGUUUGGCGCUGCUGUUUUGCCGCUUCCUGUUUUGUAAUGCCCAUGAGGGAGCAUUUGGGGAGCUUCGUUUCUGUCGCUUCUGAGAAAAUUGUAUUUGCUAGAAUAUGAUUUUGAAAGGAUAAAUUUGUCUGAGCAGUAGUCAGUCCACAGACAUGUUAUAUGACCAAACCUUUAUUCUGAACCACUAGAAUUUUCUUAAGAGGACAAGCUAGUACUUUAUGUAACCUAGUUUUCCUCUGCUAGUUUCAAAAACUAGAAGCCUUGUUACUAGAGAUGUGUGAGUAAGCCCGCUGAAAGAUCAUCUCCUGAAAAUUUAA